CCGGAACUAAACAACACACAGGAAAGUUAUGCCCAUGGUCGAUGGCCGGCAUAUCUGUCAAAGAAGAUUCUGAGACUAAUGUGCUCUUGAAGUAGUCUGCCAUCUACUGAUGUCAAGCACUUUAAGAAUUCACAAUGUCUUCUGAGGUAUACUGGAACAACUUACCAGACCACAUCAUCAUCAACAUCUUGGCCUUCCUUCCUCUAACUGACCGGUGCAAUGCUGCCCUCUGUUGCAGGAGUUGGUCUGAAUGCUUUGACAAUCCAACACUUUGGCGAGAGUUCACGUUCCGCUUUGAAGAUGCCCGCGACUCGAUCCAACUUCAGUGCCUUACAAAACACGGUCGACAGUUACGAGUAGCAAAGAUCCUAUGUAACCAAAAGCAGCUUGCGAAUCAGCAGAAUGCUUGUGCCGUCCUCAGCGGACUGGCCAAGUGUGAAGAGCGCCGGUUGGAAGAGGUCACUGUCCAGUUCACUUCAGAGAAUCCUCUUUUCUUCCAAGGUUUUGAGUUCCUCAGCAGCCUUGCGGAACUCUUCGGUCCGCCAGAUCCUAAAAUUAAAUUGGUUUCCACUCUGACGAAGGUAGACCUAAGUGGGUUGUUUGUCACCUAUCAACCUGUUCUUUUGCAGCUUCUUGCAGACAAUAAUCCCAAUCUGAAGGAGCUUAACAUUCAGAACACCUCACUAACGUGCUUGAUUGAGCCAGAGUGUAUGCUGACGGUUGUUACUAAAUGUCCGAUGAUCAGCUCGCUCAGCAUCCAUUACCGAUCAACGUCAGAGCCGUUGUUCCUCGAGCUCUGCGAUCCCAAACGCAAACCUCUCAACUUCCUGUCCCUGGCGUGUACUCGGGAAGAGAAGUACCACAAUGCAAUUACGGGGGAGUCUUGGAAGAUGCUCAUCGACAGACACAAACGUCUCCGUGUCUGUAUCAAAUUUGAUCAUACCAUCGAGCGGCACCGGAUUCUGUCCAUCCUUCAGCCAGAAAUCCCCCUAGUGGAACUCCAAAUGAAAACAAUGACCGAGCUUUACGAUGAGGUGUCAAUGGUUGGAAGGUACUACUACAAGACGUUGGAGUAUUUAUCCAUCGUGACAAAGGGAACGGACGAGUUGAAGAGGGCGCUACUGGACUUGGUGGAGCAUUCAGAUAGACUGCAUACUUUACAUUGCUACUGUGCGUUGGAUGAGGAUUCUAUACGGAGGAUUCGGACGCUGCGGCCACAUCUUAGAAAGUACACCCUCAAGACGGAGGAAGAGUUUAACUUGCUUGUCCCAACUCUGCCGGAUUUAAGAGAGUGUUUGGAGAACAUCUGGAGCAAUUGGAAGUCCUCUCAAAGAGCAAUGCGUGGGUUCGGAGCACCAGCUUCCUGAAGGACAGGGUACCAGGGAUCACUCAUAGUUUAAGGUGAAUCGAUUUGAAAACAACUGCCUCUGUAUUUGUUGUUAAAUCGUAGUAAAAUCAGUGGUUAGCUUGGCUGGAUUCAAACCCACAUCCUUGUGAUUUCAACUCCUGUAGGCUAACCAGUUGACCACUGCAUUUGUGAAUGCACUGCAUGAAUAACAACGGUUUCAUUUAUAAUGAGUAUAAGACACUUUGAGAUAUGUGUUUGGCUUUAGCAUGGCAGAUUAGAAUUGUUACAAUCAGUGUGUUUCUCAAGGCAAUCAACCUGUACCUCAUGUACAUCCCAUGUAAAGAACGUAGUCAUUGUCCAAAGGGCUUAAAUGGGGGUGUGGUAAAAUAUUAGAAUAGUGGGGUUUUCGUAUAGUGUAAAAUUCUGUCGAGCAGUGUUGGUCAUGGUAAAAAACAAAGACUUUUUACCAACAAAUACUGAAAAAAAUGUUCUAAUUUGAAUAAUGUUGGAAGUGCUGUGAGAUGAAGACGUCCUUUGGGGGUGUUUUAAAGCACUGUAUAAAAACCGAUAAUUAUUAAUAGAGUGUUAAAAUAAAUAGGUAAAUUUUAGAAGCCAGCAUCUGUGCUCAAUUGCUAUGGAAUGUGGCCACUGUUGGAAGAGAGAAGGUUCUCAACCUUGGUCAAAGUUUUGCAAUGGCAAUUUGUGGCACACACUAAUUGAAAUCGACAGCUCAGCGACAGCUUCACUCGUCAAACAAUGUGCUCCUGAACGUUCCACGUUCCUGGUACUCCUGGGGCGAUCAAUGCUUUUCACAUGCCAGGCAAUCUCUUUUGAACAGCCUCCCACUUCAACUCAGACUAGCAGAUACGUGUUCUUAAAAUUUGAAACUCAUCUCAAAACCUGUUUCGGAAACCAUUAUGUAGCUUUCAAACUUUGGUUGCCUUGUGUAUAGCAAAGUUCUUGUUCCUUAAGCAAGGAGUGUCAUCAUUGGCAGACAAGGCCACUAGAAAUUUUCAAUAUUAUUAUGUUUUUAAAAGUGUGGCAUGGAUUACUUCAUUUUAUGAAGGGAUAUAUUUUUUUAAAUAUAAUAGGAUGUUUUAAAACUGAAUGCAUCCUCGCCCCAGUAAUGAGAAAGUGUCAGUAUUUGCCUUUGGGGUAACUUUACGCAAUUUUAUUUCAGACUCUGUUUUUGAUGCAUAAUGAUCCUACAUGAUCCUCAAUUUCACCAAACGCUAAUGAUUAAUCUUAAGGACUUAGGACGAGUUCAGUUCCGUAUCCAAAUACGUUGGACGC